AUCUCCCUCCCUCUCUCUCUCUUAAGCAUCUUCUCUUCAUUUUCUGUAACAUCUCAAUGUUUAAUCUCCUAAACAAUUAAUUAAGAAUAUCAAUAUUUCCAGAUACUCUCCACCGGCAUUCAUCCCCAGUUCUUGAAAAAAUUGUUCCGAAGAUUUGCUUACUCAAGAAUACGAAAAGAAAAGCGCGAGCUUUGGAUGGGGUUUUCUGGCGGGUUGUCGUUUGCUUUAGUGAUAAGAAUCGCCAUUUUGUUUCUGGCUCUCAAGAGUGCAGAAGGAGGAACCCAAUUUGUAAGAAAUCUGUUUAAUGCUAAGAGCUCAAAAUAUGGGAGUCAUGAUGCGUCUCACUUCUAUUUUGAUACUUUGCCUAACAACGGGAAGCAUUCCGUCUCAAAGCCAAGGCCACGUAUUUUCAACGUGAGAUAUUUCGGAGCUGUUGGAGAUGGUUGGAACGAUGAUACAGCUGCAUUCACAAUGGCAUGGAAAGCCGCUUGUGAGGUCCGAUCGGGCGUUGUUUUGGCUCCUGAAGGUUAUAUCUUCAUGAUCAAUCCAACAACUUUCUACGGCCCUUGUAAACCAGGCUUAACAUUCCAAGUGGACGGAGUUUUGAUGCCCCCGGAUGGACCGUAUUUCUGGCCGAAAUCUGUUAGUAUGGCACAGUGGCUUGUGUUUUUUCAAGUUGAUAGAAUGACCCUUACAGGCGAUGGAAUCAUUGAAGGAAAUGGAGAUAAAUGGUGGGAGAUCCCUUGCAAACCUCAUCGGGGUCCUAAUGGAACGACGUUACCCGGACCUUGUGAUAGUCCUGCAUUGUUGAUGUUCUUCUGGAGCUCAAAUUUACAUGUCAGUAAUCUGCACAUCAGAAACAGUCCUCAAUUUCACAUGAAAUUUGAUAAUUGUACAGAAGUGGUCAUCCAAAACAUCUCCUUAGAUUCCCCUGCAUUAAGUCCAAACACAGAUGGAAUCCAUAUAGAGCAGACGAAGUCUGUUGGUAUUUACGACACCAAUAUCGCCAACGGUGAUGAUUGCAUUUCAAUUGGAGCUGGUUGUACGGACGUCGACAUCAAGAACAUUACCUGCACGCAUAGCCAUGGAAUAAGUAUUGGGAGCCUUGGAGCAGCGCAAAAUAUACAGGCUUGUGUCUCGAACGUAACAGUCAGAAAUGUAUAUCUGAAAGAUUCAGAUAAUGGUGUAAGGAUCAAGACAUGGCAAGGCGGCUCCGGCUCAGUGUCUGGAGUAACAUUCCGGGACAUAGAAAUGGAUAAUGUUAGGAACUGCAUCAUCGUUGAUCAGUACUAUUGCCUUGCCGAGGAAUGUCGGAACAAGACAUCGGCGGUGUUUAUCAAUGACGUCUCGUACAUUAAUAUAAAAGGAACUUACGACGUAAUAACCAAACCGGUACACUUCGCAUGCAGUGACACUGUACCGUGUAUGAACAUAACAAUAUCAGAGGUCAAUCUUCUGCCAUCUGAAGGAAAGAGUGAGAUCGACCCAUUCUGUUGGAACGUGUACGGAAGACUAGAGACCGAAACAGAACCUCGAAUAAGAUGCUUACAAGAAGGAGAGCCUGACUCAGUUUCAGAGAGAUUCCGAGGUGUUUGUUAAAGAAAUCACACUCUAUAUACGAAGAAUAACCGAAAGCUGAAUAUUGUACAGGUGCCCAUGAGCCACUCAUAUAAUUUUGCUAUUUUUGUUCCUAUUUAUAUACUUUUCAUUUCUUACAGCAGGUUGUUACUUGCAAGAGCUAGUCACUUUGAUUGUUCAAAGGGGCCUGAGUUAGCUCACUAUAUAUAUUGUGAUAGCUUCAUAGAUAUCAAUAAUAAAGCAUUCUAUUUUUGUUUUGGAUUUCA